CAAAUUUUUCCCCAACUUUUGUACUGAUGGCUUAUUCAUUAGGUAAGCCGAUUAAAAGUUUGUAAUUAAACUUAUUAACCACAUACAUACUCAUGUGGAAUGAGAGAAAUACUCAUGACUAGCAUGUACAGUGGGUGAUUAACACGCAAUGGUCACUGUUCACAUAAAGCUCUUCAUCAUUUUUUAAAAUUCUCGGCAACAUCUAGUUGCAACAGCUCCUAUGCGCCCAUUGAAGAUUAGCACACCUUCUGCGGUAACAUACAAGUAACAUGUGUUUCAUCUACCUGCAGGUUUUGCAAAAAGCAGCAGCUUAUAAAGCAUCUGCGUAACCACGGCAACCAUGCCAGCUUUGAGUGUGAUCAGUGCGGGAACAGCUAUGCCGACAAUGUGUCACUCAAGAGGCACCGAAAGUAUCAUCGGGACGAUCUCAAGCGCCACAAGUGCCAUCACUGCUCGAAGGCCUUCUAUCGACAGUCUGACUUGAACAACCACUUGAGAACUCACACGGGAGAGCGGCCAUUUGUGUGCGACUUCUGUGGGAAGGCGUUCGUGCAGCGCGUUCAUUUGCGAAACCACAGCCACAUAUGCAGUAAACAACCAUCCUUGUAGACUGCAGGACCGCACCGUGGACAUUCCGUUUCCUGCUUAGUGGUCGACAUUUAGGGAACUAACACUAGUGCAUAGUGUGGUCAUCAAUGUCUCGCUCUGGGCAUCUCGCAGCGCAAUUUUUGUGAAGCUUCGGUGCUUGCUGUUGAAUUACCACUUUAUAUGUUGCAAAAACAUGACAAGAGAAACCGUGUAAUGAUGAUUGUCACAGUCGACGCAUAUAUAGUAUUCUUGUCAAUGAAAUGUGUUUUAAUGUACUACUCUGCACCCACAUGCACUCGAAGGGCAAGUUGACAACACCCCAUCAGUUUUGUGAAAACAUGCCAACCAUAUUUUUAAACCAUCAGCGUUGUGGAAAACAUGGGUGAUUGCACAUGGGAUGUUCAUGAAGGUGUUCUAUUCCGCCUGAUGAGGCAUAUGCCUGUGGCCAGGGCCGUACCCAGGAAUUUUUUUCGGGGCGUAUUUUUGCGUAGAACAGCCAACUUUGGCAACUGGUGGUCGCUGUGAAGGUGUGUAAAUAUUUAACUAUCACCGGAAAAAAGAAUGAAGAAAUUUCGGGGGGUGUCAGAACCCCCUCAACCCCCCCUUAGUUACGGCCCUGCCUAUGGCAUAGUCUUUAGAUAUCACAAAUGUUUAUCAUAAGGCUUUUGGAGGGAGCCCUUAGAUAAAGCACAAAAGGGUUGCCUUUUUUUUAUGGCAUUGUACUAGCUCUGUACUACCUGCUUGUUUUUGACAAUUUUUUUUUGGUCAACAAAUAUCUGUAGGCUGGCCCAUAUGCUUGUGCGCUUUCAUUUCCACUUGUAACACACUUUUAUGUCACAACAUAUAGCUUUAUAGCUGCACCAGAAAGUCAAGAAACUCUGGUGAAGUUGUAGUCUGGGGCUUAUGCAAAUUUAGUUUUGCACGCUUGUAUUGCUGUGAUGCCACGCUGUGCUUAACAGUUUGACAGUGUAAACAGUUGUGGCCAGGGGUGUAGCCAGAAAUAUUUUUUGAAGCGGCGGUAGGGGGGUCCAACUCCCCUUUAUGUAUGUUCGUGCACGUUUUGUAUGUGUGAACGUAUAUAUACACAUACAAAGUGUAAAAAUUUCGGGGGGAAUUUGAACCCCCUCCCCCCCUCCAAACCACCCCUCUGGCUACGCCACAAGUUGUGUUGUGGCUGAGCCUGCUAGAAAAAUUAAUCUCCGGGGCCCUGCUUCAUGCUUUUAAUUUUGCACAAUCAUUCCUUGGUGUUGCCGUGUGUGGUCAUGUUCACGUGCUGUAUGUUUUAUUUUAGUUUUAUCCCCUUUGGUGAGGGAUUUAGUGAGAACUGCUGUUUGAUAAGAUAACCGAAUGGAUGAGAACAGAAUAUCUUAAGAUGAAAGUUGCUUAAGACCUCUCUUGUAUAGUUUCUUGUCCCUAUAAGAAAUGGUCAUGGCUGAUGCUUCUCUAUUUUUCAAUCCCCUGGCACUCAUUACCUCUUGUUAUUGAACACUUGCCCAUUUGUACAACUAUGUAAAUUUUUUGUUUGUAAUUUUUGAAAAUUACCUUUAAUGACAUGAGUGAACUUUCCCUAAAUUCAUGAUUUGUGUGCAAAGUGAUAAAAGUAGGUUGGGCAAGAACUUUUUGACGCCUCAGCGGCAUUAAAUAAUGUUAUAUACUUACUAGGGCACACUUCGUGUGUUUUUGAACACUUCUGUAUAUAUGAUCAGUCCAUUGUAUGUACAGAGCAGACUAGAAUGAUAUGCAAGAAGGCUUAAUAAACUAUGUUCACGUUUCAUCAUUGUGCAUGCCACUUUCUAAGCAUUCUCCUUUGUGUUUGACAUCUGUGCAAAUCAUCCAGGCUUACAAAUGUAUCUUGAAUGGGUCUUUCUUGGCUUAAUUUUCAAAAGGCAUUCUUGUCUUUGAGCUUGAUAUUUUGCUGCUUGAUUCAUUGAGUGAGUUGUAUAAUGCAUAGAAUUCAGUGCAGGAGCCUGGGCUUCAGAGCCUAAGUGCAGAACCAAGGCCAGCUACUGAUUUCAACUCCCAGCAACUUGCUGCAGAUCUUUUAUGGAAUGAUGUGCUGCACUCUUGCUCACGUUGUGCAGACCUUGUCGCUAAUGCUUCUCUAUUCCUUUUUAAUUCCCUCUGUUUAACAAGUGAUGCAGAAUACUGAGAUCUCUCUUGUGUUUAUGUUUACAUGCUGUAGUUUUGUCCAUAAUGGCUGCCUAUGAACUAGCUCAACCUUUUGCCAUUCUGAGUUGAAAUCUCCUUUCUUGACACUUUCAGGAUGUGCCGAUCCAGGGUUCAUUCACGCCAAGAAGGAGCUUCCAGAUUCCUGUAGUGAUGAGUCUGAAGCAGUGUCCACGGAUGAUGCCUUGCAGGUGACAGGUAGUCAGGAAGACAAUGAACGCAUCGGCGAAGGCGGUGUUCAGUACGAAUGCGAACUCUGCAAAGAAGCCUUCGACACGCACGAUGUCUUUCUCCAGCACUCCGUUGUGCACAGGAAGGAGUGGCCAUUUUGGUGUAGCCUCUGCGGUGCCAAUUUUCCGCGUCGUUUAGAGAUGGUGGAGCACGAGAAGACACAUCCGGACAAGCAUCAGCGACGCUGCCUGGUCUGCAGCAAGGUCUUCGGCCAUCGCACUCUGCUGCGAGAUCAUAUGCGGAAUCACAACACCAGAUACACCAACUUGAACUGCAACCUGUGUCCCAUGGAGUUCAGCACAAAGCUGCAGCUUUCAAGGCAUCUCGGCAGCCACAAGAGAAGCGUGCGCCUGCUGUGCCAACAUUGCGGCGCUGCCUUCGUCCAGAAGGCGUCGCUCAUUGAACACUGCAAAAUUCACAUCUCCAAUGCUGUCGAGAACCACAAGUGUCCUCACUGCCCUGAUACCUUCACGCUCCAGUGCGACCUGACCGAGCACCUGAAGACUCACACAGCAGAGCGGCCUUUCGUCUGUGACCUCUGCGGAAAGGGAUUCGUGCAGCACUUUCAGUUGGUCACCCACAGCCGGAAAUGCACAGAGCGGUCAUACAUUCCACCAUCGCUACCGUAGGUGUGUGCCUUGAAACACACUUCC